UUGCAUGCAAUUUCAUCGAUUUUGCCAUGGAGACAUCGUGGACCAAGAUGAUCGAGCACGUGAAGGUUGCCGGUCAAGACUUGAGGGCAAAGGGGCGGAAAAUGUGGAGCGGCAUGGAUGCUGCAAAGGAUAUGCUUGUGAAUACCGUGCUGCACCAUACGGCAGGACAAUUGACCGUCGUCUCUGUCGCGGCGUACCUCAAGCGCAAGUCUCUGCUGUGCGAUCUCGUCGACAUGGAUUGCCAGUAUCUUCAGAUGGUCCAUGUUAUGGCUGACGAAGAGCUCAUGGAGAGUCUUCUGCGUUUCCACAUACACGUGCCGACCGUCCCAUCGCGUGAGUUGAUGGUACAGGUUCUGUAUUCUGUCAAGGAGAAUUCGUUCUGGAGAGAUCACUACACCAUCCACCCAAAUGCAUACCGCGUUCGGCCGUGGCUUGCGUCGCAUGGUUAUAUCCGACGCAUGAUGUGCGACGUCCAAGCCAAAGUGCGAGCGCUGAAGCACCUCGAUCCACCCGCUUUGACGAAUCCCAUGCUCGAUGACAUUCGAUGCAGCUUUCAAUCGCUGCACUCGGCAGUCCAACAACACAACGAACUCGAAAUUCGAGUUCUAUUUCAUGCGCUGGCGCAGCAUGUACUUCAUGACAUCGGAGCUCUCGACCAUCUUCUCUUUGUCAAUUCUGACGCGUACUACCCCGAUCAAAUUCUCAAGUGCAUCCGCCACAUGCAAGGCGUCCUCACCAAUGACCAAGACAAUCCCCCGACAGCGUCCACUGGCACGUCCUCUUUCACAGACUGUCACGAAGACGACGUCAAGGCCCAUGCGAUGCUCGCUAAGUCGAUGCCUGCAGCGAAUGCUGCAACCCAAGACACCGACGCCAUGCAACAAUUCAUGGACGUGUACUUUGACAGCAUCGAGAACAAGCUGCGAGAAGAGGAAGUCGCCGUCACAGUGCGGUGGCUGACCCUUUCGUUCGAGGCACAUCGCACAAUUCUUUCACAGUUGCCUGCCGAAGCAAAACACUUCGUGUACCGUACGCCCUCAGCAGUGUGGACAGCGCCUCCAUAAUUGGAGCAGAAAUUUCGAGUUGGGUUUCCACGGCAUGGAUUCAGCGACUAUAUCUCGUGUACGAGAAAACUCAACCAUUUGUCAAGAAGUCCAUGGUAGCGUUGUCGACGUGCGGGUCUGGCGCACAAGCGGAGUGCUUGCCCUUUCGUGGUGGGAGGUGCCUUGAGUCCGAUGUGGCGUCAGCGACAUAGCUUUCACCAAGGUUGCAUUGGACACCUCGUGGCAACAGGCAGGCGCUCUCCAUGACCGCUGACUUGACUAUCCUUCACGCUUCUCGUCACGACACCUCUGCCACCACCACUGUCACGGUCACAUCGCGCCAGCAACGACAGCCACUGCCUCCCCAUCGGCCUCCCAGCGACCCCACGCUUUGCCCACCGCGGCAUCUUAGUGUAGGUAUGAUGCCAUGUCUGGAAGUCAACGGCCUCUUGAAUGGAUGGGCACCUCUGCAUUCUCCUUGGACACGUCCGCCCUGCCAACGCAUCAGCAGCACACCAAACACCAUUGCCCGCGAUACCGACUGGACAACCGCCAUGAAAAAUCUCACGACUCCCGAAGUCUCACCCCCAUCGCGACUACCACUACCGCUGCCACCAAAACCACCAUCGCCUCCACCAUAACGCUGAGGCUGAUGAGACCUGGUGAUGGAGAGAAAUCAG